AUGACAACCCUUUCAAGGUUUAGUGGCUGCCCUCUGUCUUGCGUAAACCCUGGAGAGAGCAAUAGUGAACCCAGUAUGGUGCUGCCACCUUUGGCAGGGGAGCACAUGGGGCACCCCACUGGCACUUCCUUAAAACUCUGCCCCUCGCACAAUUUGCUAGACUACCCCGAGACAAGGGCCACGGCAUAUGUGGACCACUCGUUGCCUCACUUUCCAGACACGGGAUACACCAGCCAUCGCCUAGACGCCAGCCCUAGGGGCAUUAUCAUUGGGACAAACCUGUCAGGACCAGGCAUGCCACCAGUCACAGACCAACUGGCACAAAGACCUAACCAACAUGGCGCUACUGGAAGGUACCGUGACCUCCACGGCUACAGGGAUGGCCGAAGCCAUGCUUUCUUCACCACGUAUCCGGAGCAGGCCCACAGCUCUGUUGAUGCCAACCGAGACCUGAAUGGCCAGGUAAUGUUGGGUCUUCCAGGUGAUCUCCUCUCAAGGGCACAUCCAUACGGACAAACCCACAGCGGCCCUCGGGCCAACAGCCAACAGCUUGUUACUCAGUUUCUGGGGCUCUAUAAGCCUCUGAACAUGGCCAUGCAGCGAGGAGGGGGCGAUGCAUUCCUCAGGUGCUCCAGACAGACUUUAGCGCACGACUUGGUGUGCAAGUGGAGUGACGGCCAAGAAGGUGCUGGCAAGCUGCCAUGUUCCAGGACUUUUGGGACUAUGUAUGAACUUGUCACUCAUGUGACGAUCGAGCAUGUCGGGGGACCUGAGCAUUCUGACUAUGUGUGCCACUGGGAGAAUUGUCCCAGGGACAGAAAGCCAUUCAAAGCCAAAUACAAGCUGGUCAACCAUGUCAGAGUGCACACGGGAGAAAAACCCUUUCCAUGCCCUUUUCACGGCUGUGAAAAAGUUUUCGCCAGAUCCGAAAACCUCAAGAUUCACAAGAGAACCCACACAGGUGAGAAACCGUUCAAAUGCGAGUUCGAGGGCUGCAACCGGCGGUUUGCAAACAGCAGUGACCGGAAGAAGCAUUCGCACGUCCAUUCGAGCGACAAGCCAUAUAUGUGCAAGGUCAGAGGCUGUGAGAAAUGUUACACGCACCCAAGCUCGCUGCGCAAACACAUGAAGCUCCAUUGCAAGGCCGACACGGCCAAACCGGGCGAGGACGGGGAGCCUGGGUCUCCCGAGGUGGCAGGAGAGCAAGUCCCAUCAUCCCCUGCGGCGGUGACGCGACCCUUGCCACCUGCCCCCUCUCAGGACUCCCCCGAGACUCUGAGGUCACGCUUUCAUCACACUUUUGACAGCAGUUUGGACUAUACGGCGCACAGGCCGCAGUCUCUUUUGGAUCCUCUCUUGCUCCACCGGGGCAGUUACAGAGGCGAAACCGUGCCGUACCCGUGUAGCCAAGCAAGUCCCACUUUUGCCCCUAGCCACAGGAAUUUUGCAUCAAACUCACCUUUCCAAAAAAGCAUUGUAAACGGCUGGUACACUUGUCACAGCAGCGCCCAGCCUUUCUCAUCCAAGCAGUGUAAUAAUGAUUAA